AUGGCCAUUUCUGACGUCACGGAUAAAGGAUUCAGGAUCACGUGGUCUCAGUCCCCAGACCCUGACCUCUAUGGAUACCGUGUUGUGGUGUCAAGAUUAGACCUGACAACAGCUGUCAAUCAAACCACGAAUCAGACAUCACUUCUGGUGUUGGAUCUGUCACCGGACUCGGAUUACGUCGUCGGUGUGACGUCGAUGUUCUUGUCGGCUGGAUGGCGGUCACAGAGCGAGGCGGCGGUGAUACACGCAUCCACAGAGAUGAGCUCCUCUACUGAUCUUCGGUUCGUCAAAGUGACCGAGUCCUCGCUGGGGUUCACCUGGGUGCCUCCUAAUGCGACCGUGACCGGAUACCGCGUCAUGUACGGACAGGGGGAGGCCAAAGAACAACUCAUCCCCUCCCCGGACCCGGGGAAUAGAUCAGCUUUGAUCGAGGGACUUCUGCCAGGAGUAAUGUACAAGGUGGAGAUCAUCACCAUCGGAGGUUACCGAGAGAGUGCACCUCUAGUCGGGUAUAACAUGACUGGGAUGUUGCUAACUUCAGCUGCUCCACCCAACCAAACAAGUCUGAUGACUUUCUUCUUCAGCCUACUAACGUCAACUAUACCAGCAGAUACAACGGAAACGACGCGGGUCCUUGGACCACUAGAUCACGUGGAAGACCCAUUAGAUGAAGACCAGUAUCCGGACUACGACUUCUUCGACCCAAUAAAAACUGCUGCACCUGAAGGAAGCACGCAUCCGGAGGAAACCAAGCCAACCAGCACGACAUCGCCAGAAGGUAGCAGGACAACGCCAGAAGAACAGGCACCACUAAAUAUCCAUAGCCUGAACAGCAUUUACGGUGACGUCAUCUCCUCCAAUCCGCAGGACGUGAUUCAGAUGCUGGCUCAGAAUAACGCCGAUGACGAUGGAGGUGUUGAUGAGUCGGAGAAGCCUACAUCAUCUGCCGAGGAAAAGUCACAGACAUGCAGUAAGGCACUUGAAAGAUUGAGAUCUGAAACGGGUAGGACCCAGGCAUCGGACAAUCUGCAAAUCAUCUCCGAAUUAACAUCACACGUUAUUACCUCAUGCACCAACAUUCCACAAGGCCACGACUUAAGGAACACUGCGCUAGAUAUUCUGAAGUCCAUUACCAGCAAACUGGGCAAGCUGGACAUGUCUGACCCGUUGACCGUCGAGUCUGUGGGAGGAUCUCUGGUGGAGUCCGUCGCUAACCUGCUUAACGCACCAGAGGAAGCUGCCGAAGAGAAUGCCGGGAAUCCCAAGUUCGAUCCAGUACAGGACGAUCAUAUCUCCCCAGAGGAGCGAGCUGAAAAGGCAAAAGAAGAGGAAGAAGAACAGCGAGCUGAGAGACAAGUCGUUGUCCAGAAAAGCCGCCAGGUCCUGGAUAGUCUGUUCAACGCCAUCACCGACCCCAUGCGGCCUGGAGACGCGCCGGUGACCAUCAGCAGGGCCGGCGUUACGAUGCGAGCACAGAAGAUUUUCGGCUCCAAGUCUGGGAAUCAGGUGAUGCAGACGGAGGUUGGGGCAUUCCAGUUGCCAUCCCAAACGGCACUUUUCCCGGAACACCCGCCUCACAACGUCACUGUGAUGUUCAUAGAGUACCAACAGAACCCAUUCCCCAGAGGUCGCGGGUACUACCAGGCACGCUCCUCCGUCAUAGAGCUUACGCUUCGCCGGAAAAACUACAAACCGUUGGUCUUCAGCAACCUCACUGAAGACUUCAAAAUAACAAUUCCAGGCAAGUCCGGAAACAAGCCAACGGCAAAAAACAUCACCUUCCCUGUCUCUGGAAACGAAACUUCAAGCUACCAUUUACUAAACCUCAACAACACCGCAGAAGGAUGGCUGGUCAGAAUCACCCCGCUGAACACAAGCGUGGUGUACGGCGUGUCAGGUAGGUACGGCGGCCGCCCUGAUGAUCAAAACUACGACGUGUCCAUGGAGACGUACGUUCUACCCGAGGAGUGUUCCUUGAUGGAAACUCUAAGUGGUGACGACACGGACAGGACAGAGGCCAAACUGUUCAUCAAAGGAAAGGCAGAUCCGGUGGAUUAUCACGUCAAAGUCCAAGUUCUUGGACCGGCGACCAAAUGCGACAUCAGUGACAGACCCGAAGAAAGGAAUGUACACACCAAGGACUUGUACGCCUACGAGAUCCAGUGGGCCCGUCUGAGCUGCGUUUUCUGGAGCGAGACCCAGAGAGCCUGGAAACCAGACGGCUGCACGAUCGAUGAUAAAUCCACCAUUGCCAGCACCAUCUGUCACUGCAACCAUCUGACGGCCUUUGGAAGUGACUUCGCCACACCGCCGGACACGGUCAACUUCGGGGCAUUAAUGCUUAGUGACCUACGUGACAACGGCGCAGUUUUGACAACCAUCUUCGUGGUGUUCUGCCUCUUUUUGCUCACGUUGGUCAUAACAAAGAUCUUUGACCUAAGAAGAAAAAAGAAGAAAAACCCUUCAAUCAAACUGGACGACCUGCAGAGCGAUUUUCGGUACCGUCUCCAUCUUUGGACAGGCACCGCUAAGCACGCUGGGACCGAGUCCAACGUUGCCUUUAAUCUGUGCGGAGAUGUAGCAACCUCCGGUGUGAGAGUGGUCAACAUCACAGAGAAGGUGGGCAUCAAAUUAUUUGCGUCACAUAGGUCGUGCGAUUGUCGUACGAUAGCUAACUUCGGCCACUUUGGAGUUUUUACCCCAGGCAGCCAGGUGACGCUGACCUUCAGCACAGCAGAACAGCUGGGCAACGUGGAGCUGCUGCAGCUCAUGCACGACAACAGUGGGGAGGGGAGCCGUGCAUCGUGGCACGUGGACAGAGCAGCAGUGCAGGAUCUCACCACCCAUAAAAUGUCCUAUUUCUUCUGUGGCGAGUGGCUGGCGGCCGACCGUGGAGAUGGCCAAAUCGCGAAGACCUUUCCUGUUGCCACUGAGCAGGACCUGCGAUCCUUCGGGUUCCUGUUCCCGGCAAGUCUGCGGAGUAAUAUGGCAGAGGAACACCUCUUCUUGUCCGUCGCUGUUAUGCCUGAAGAAAGUACGUUUACCCGGAGCGAGAGGAUCGGCUGCUGCCUGAGUUUCCUCACCUUGUCCAUGGUGUCCAGCGCCAUGUGGCUGAACGAUGAAGCGGAGACCCAGAUUGUGCAGGCCGUCAGCUUUGGCCCGUUCUCUUUCACCCUGAACACAGUCUACACGGGAUUCAUGACUGGCAUCAUCUGCCUCCCCGCCAUCAUAGUCAUAGUCCUGCUGUUCCAGUUCAGCCGACCCAGCAACAAGGGCGACCGGCGGGUCAGAGACGUGGAGACGGGCGACCCAGCUGAGGCACCCGCGCAGCAGAAACCAGCCAAGGGCCUGCCGCACUGGUGUAAGUACGUGGCCUGGGUGCUGGUGGUGCUGUCUGUUGUGGGGUCAGCUAUCUUCAUCGUGUUGUACAGUCUGGAGUGGGGCAAGGAAAAGUCCGAGUGGUGGCUGUCUUCGUUCUUCAUAUCCUUCCUGGCGGACAUGAUCCUCCUGCAACCAGCAAAGGUGGUGCUUCUCGCAAUCAUCUUUUCAUCCAUUUUCAAAAGCCAUACCGCGAAGAAGAUGUUUGAAAACGAGGGGGACACCGUUUCCAUAGGGGACAGCACUGUGACGUCACAAAAGCGAGAAGGUUUUGAUGGUGGUCGAUUUCGCAUCAAGAAGAAAAUGGAAAGGCUUUCUCAGAUGUCCCUUGCGAACGUUAAGGAAGCGCGACGGAAGCGAGACAGAGACAGGAAAAUCGGAGACGUCCUUUGGGUCAUCGUGCGGUUUUCUGCGUUCCUCCUGCUCAUCAUAACGAUCACAAACGCACACCAAAACACGACUCCGGCCUUCCAUCAGACACAGAGUGCAGCUAAUAGCUUUGUGUCCCAUACUGACGCUGUGACAGACCCUCUUACCUUCUGGGCUUGGCUGGAGGAAGUCGCUCUGCAGAGCUUCUACCCGGAGACUUCCUACAAUGACGACAAGCCCCGCUGGUGGGAGCAGGGCUUCACAGCUGACAUGCAGUCAGUCCUGGUCUCCCCACCUAGCCUGAUCCAAUCCCGAGUAAAGCAAGGGCUGUGCACGGUUCCUGCAGCAAUGCGGAACUUUUCUGAUAAAUGUUCAGUAGCGUAUGAUGAAAAGACGAAGGAGACCGGAGCGUUUGAGAGGGGAUGGAAAAGGGUCACAAAUAUGUCGGAGGUAGCAUCAGAAGCCCCUGGAUGGAGCCACCGCCUCAGCGGUUACGCCAUCAAACCAGUCUUUGGUUUGAAAUCGCACUACUGGGGAGACGGCUUCAGUCUGCAGCUAGGAAAAUCAGCAGACGAGAUGCGCAGCAUCCUAGCAGAGCUAAAUUCCAACGGCUGGAUCGACGGGCAGACUAGGGCCGUCAUUUUGGAAGUGCUGCUCUACAACGGAAACCUGGAUCUGUUCACAUCGCUGACGGUGAUGUUUGAAUUCAGCGAGGUAUCUGGAGUGUUUUCCCAUCGUCACCUGCACACCUUCCGACUUCGUCAGCAGCCUGGUACAAUCGGAUACAUCUACGUCUUGCUGGAAAUCAUUUACGUCACCAUUCUCCUCUACUCGCUGUGGAAAGAGGCGAAAACUGCGCGCGCAGCUGGCUGGGCCUACCUGAAGGAGCCAUGGAAUGUUGUCGAAAUCGUCAACUUCAUCUUGGCCUUUACAGUCAUUGCCUUGUACGGAUCUAAUAGAGGCUACAGUUCCAUGGCUCUGGCGGCUGUGCAUCAAGGGAAAGAUCAACUCCAAUACAUCAAAUCGCUUGUGGACAUAAACCUGAUGUAUGGAUGGUUCUUGUCUUUCCUCGUCUUUCUCAACAUCAUGAAGAUGCUGAGGCUGUUGAGGUUCGACCCGUUCCUCGCCAAGCUGAUGUCCGUGUUCCGGGGAAUGGCGGUGGAGUUCUCUGCCUUCAUCCUCUACUUCUUCCUCUUCUUCUCAGGAUUUGGCAUGAGCGGUUUUCUCAUGUUUGGUACCACCGUAACGGCCUACAGGGCCAUCAGCUUGUCCUACUCAACAUUGUUCCAGAUGUCUCUUGGACUGUUUGAUUAUAGAGAGCUGUUUGAUGAAAACCCCUUCCUCGGCCCAAUCUUCUUUUUAACAUUCAUGUGCCUCGUCUACCUGGUGCUGAUGAACAUCGCUGUGGCGAUCAUCAACAGCGCACUCCCCGAUGUGCGGAACCACGACAUGUCUGAAGAGGACCGGUACUUCCUCCAAGGGUUAUGGGAGCGAUUUACGUCUUUGUUCGGGCUUCAUCAAGCGCAACUAACAGGAUGGAGGAGUCUGAACUUCCUACAGAACCAGAUUUUGUCCCACCGAUCAGGAAUGUCUCCAAGGAUGGAAGUGAGGAACUUCGCGCUCCUAGAGGAGACUUACCAGACAUUGUGAUCCACCCCGCCUCCCAGGCCACUCUCACAGCUACAGACAUCACAGGGGGGCAUCUUGGAGAUGGAGAACCAGCGCCAAGUAAAGAGUGUGUCGAAAGUCAACAUUUGGAGGACAAUAUGGUUCUGACAGUAGGCAAGAUGCUGACGUACAACCACAUCCAAGCUGCGCAGCGCCUGCUCCACCGCCAGUACCCUACACUCCAAGGGCUGGAAGACCCCACCAUCGGACUCUAUGACGUGGGGUUUGCCAAGCUGACCGGGAAGGGGCUACAGAUCCACCACAGCGGUAGUGGUAGCAUGCACUGGGUGCUGUCGUCUUACACAGACGGACAAGUGUGUCUGUUUGACAGCCUUGGUGUCGCCAUGAGCAAGUCUCUGCAGAUCCAGCUUUGCCAGUCCUACGCCGCGUUUGUUGACCAGGAAACAAAUGUCCUGGCCGUCUUGGUACCGGAGGUACAGCGCCAAUGGGAUGAGAACGAUAGUGGGCUGUUCGCCAUCGCCUGGGCAGUGGACAUCGCAGAGGGGCAAGACGUGAGCAGGGUUGUGUAUGACGACAUGAAGAUGAGGAGCCAUUUGGAGAUGUGCUUCAAACAAGGGAAACUCACGCCGUUUCCGCGUCUGACCAGCCGCAGAUGGAGGGUCGGUCCAACCAAGGCACACCAAAUCUCACUGGUCUGCCACUGCCAACACGUUGGGCGUCUGGGAAGGAUGGAGAGGUGCAAGGUAUGCCGGAGGAUCUUCCACGUGAGCUGCCUGUCAGUCAGCCCUCCUGAUAAGGGUUGCAGUGCUUACACAUGGGCAUGUGGCGACUGCUCUGUGUAAAGCAAUAGAAAUUGUAUUUAUUAAGAUUUUAAGUCAAU